AUGCCUCUUGAAUUUACUCCUGGAGUUCCUCUCUCUGAUGCAGCUGAGCUUCAGGCCAACUGUUUGCAGCCACCACCAUUCAAGUCUUUACUGUGGAGUCAUCAUGAUAAGGAGUCUUGUGGGAAACGAUUCUCGCUCUCUGACAUGAGGUCUUGGUGCGCUGCUGCUGCUGCUGCUACAACUACUACUCCACAUGGAGGAUCACAGAAAGGACUCAUGAUAUUAGAUCAGUCAGGAAACCAGACUCGUCUAUUACACUGUCCAUUUCCCCUAACUGCAGAACCAGUUAAACUCUCUGAGUUACAACACGGUGUGGAGGAGUCUGAAAUGCAUGAAGACACUGAGGAGAUCAAUGCAUUGCUGUAUUCAGAUGAUGAUGAGGAUUGUGAGAGUGAUGAUGAAGUAAUGAGCACUGCUCACUCUCCUUAUCAAGUUUGCAACAAAAGGGAAUCAGAAGAGAUAGAUAGUCCUUGUAAAAGGCAGAAGCUACUAGAUAAGGUAGAAAACAUCAGUGGCUCAUCAUCACUUGUGGGCAAAGGAGACACUGGUUCUGGUCUGAGCAAUGAGCAGUCAAGAAAAGACAAGAUCCGCACAGCUCUGAAGAUACUCGAGAGCAUAGUUCCAGGUGCAAAAGGAAACGAAGCUCUCUUACUUCUGGAUGAAGCCAUUGAUUACCUAAAGCUACUGAAACAAGACUUACUCUCUACAGAGAUUAAGAACCAGUCACCAGUCACUAGUCACACCAGUUUGUUUGUAAAAGAGACAGCAUGGGAAACAAGAUAG